AAAUAACGGAGUUUACAGAUGUGGGUUCGCGCAGAGUCAGGAGGCGUAUGAUAAGGCAGUGAAUGAUUUGUUUAGUACACUGGACAUGAUAGAGGAUCACCUGGGAAGCUCGCGGUACUUGUGUGAAGACAAACUGACGCUUGCAGAUGUGUGCUUGUUCACGACGUUGAUCAGGUUUGAUCUUGCGUAUAAUGUGUUGUUCAAAUGUACGAAGAAGAAGAUCGUGGAAUAUCCAAAUAUUCAUGGUUACAUGCGUGAUAUAUACCAGAUUCCAGAGGUGGCGGAUACUUGUAAUUUUGGUGCUAUAGUGCAUGGGUAUUUCAGAAUUCUGUUUCCGCUAAACCCAGGUGCCAUUCAGCCAAUCAUACCUUCCGCUUGCGAGCACCAAGCCCUCUUGAAACCUCACAACAGGGCUUCUCUUCCAUGACCAUGCACGUGUACAGAUCCCAGAUGCAUAUGCAUGUAUAUACCUCGGAUCGUAGCCACUGUUCGACGUGUAUAAAUUUUGAUGAACUUUAAAAAGCUGAUAUCGUAAUGUAAGUUUCUUUUUUAGGGGAUGGGAGAAAGAAUUUGAACCCGAGCUGCUAAAUUUACGAAAAAGAAUAUUGAAUCAUUGAGGUUGAUGCUUUUAGAAUUACCCAAAA